AUGCCGCACCGAAUUCCGACCAAGAAUGAGCCGAUUAUCAUCGUGGGUGCCGGAGCCUUUGGCCUAAGUACUGCUCUGCACCUUGCCCGUCGCGGCUAUACCGACGUGACAGUAUUUGAUAAACAACCGUAUGACAAGUCACUUUACUCAUACUUCAACGGCUGUGAUGCAGCGUCUGCAGAUGUCAACAAGAUCAUAAGAGCAGGCUAUGGCAAGGAUGUUAUUUACCAGGCCCUAACUCUUGAGGCUUUGGCAGGCUGGGAUCAGUGGAAUGCCGAGCUAGAGAGCGGCCAGACGGUGCCUACAGGAAUGACUACCGCAGAUCGUGUCUGGAUCAACAACGGACAUUUAUCCAUGACCGAUGGUGCGGUGUUACCUCCUUUUGAGCAGGCCAGCCUCGAGUCCAUGCCCAAGAACACUCAGCUCGUCGCCACAAACCCACAUGAUGUACAACUUGCAAAGUCGCUAGGUGUGAACCUCGAACCAUUCAAGAGACAAAACCCUAGCCGGCCAAAUGUGGCCAUCUAUGAUCGUACGGGUGGUCUGACAUAUGCCGACAAAGCGUGUCGAUUCGCGCUGCACAAGGCCCGCAGCUACGACGCAAAGUUCGUCCUCGACCCUGUAGCAGGCGAGCUCAAGGAACUACUACGCGGCUCCAAUGGGGAAGUAACCGGCAUUCGCACGGCGGACGGGAAAUCUCAUCAGGCUGUUAUGGUCAUACUGGCGUGUGGCGGUUGGACGCCGUCGAUACUGCCGGCCCUGGACGGGUUGAACGAGGCUACAGCUGGCUCGGUGGCGCUGCUCAAGAUCCCUUGGGAGUCGCCUCUCUUUGACCGGUUCGCACCCGAAAACUUCCCCAGCUGGAUGCACAAGAUGCGUGACGGCCACGCCGGGGGUCUAUACGGCUUCCCUCGGACGGAUGACGGCUGGUUGAAAAUUGGCUACCGAGGCACCAAGUACACAAACCCGCAGGUGCAGAGCGAUGGGCGCGAGCGCAGCGUGCCCAUCACUCGGUGGUCCAAGGGGCAAACGAUAAAGGGAAUCCCAAAGCAAGCGUUGAGCGUGAUUCAGACGUUCCUCGACGAGUAUCUUCCGGAACUCGGAGAGGCGGGCAUAAAAAUAUCCAUGACCCGCAUUUGCUGGUAUAAUGACAGCUUUGACAACCACCUCACAAUUGACAGAGUUCCCGGCAUGGCUGGAAUGAUGGUGGCCACCAGCGGGAGUGGCCACGCCUUCAAGUACUUUCCCAGUCUCGGGAACUGGAUCGUUGACGUUAUGGAAGGAGUUGGAAUCGACAGACCAGCCAUUCAGGCUUGGAGAUGGAGGUCACUCGGGGGCCAGCAGACUCCUAUCAAUGAGAUCAUGCAGGGUUCGAAGGGACCCAGGGCUUUGAGUAAUACAGCAUUGAUUACGGACUCUCGCCUUGAUUCGAGUGCUAAAUUAUGA